AUGACUGGCAUUGAAUGGACUAACCCUGAAUUACAAGGCUCAAAGCUGGCCAAGGUCACUCUUCCAUUUGGAUUUGGACCACUUCCUUCCAAAAAUAAACGGAUAUUCUAUUUUGAUAUUGACAAUUGUCUCUAUGAACGAUCCACAAAGAUCCACGAUAUGAUGCAAGUCAAAAUCCAUGACUAUUUCAAAAAUGAGCUUCUGUUGGAUGAUGACGAAGCCCACAAGCUCCACAUGACGUACUAUAAGACGUAUGGUUUGGCCAUUGAAGGUUUGGUAAGAAACCAUCAAGUGGAUGCUCUAGAAUAUAAUGCCAAGGUUGAUGACUCGCUUGACUUGAAAUCAGUCUUGAAACCUAAUCAGGAAUUACGCCAAGUAUUGAUUGAUAUUCGAAAUUCCGGGAAAUUUGAUUAUUUUUGGCUUAUCACCAACGCUUAUAAAAACCAUGCCUUGAGAGUAGUUUCAUUCUUGGGGUUGGGUGAUCUUUUCGAUGGCUUAACCUACUGUGAUUACUCCAGUUUCCCAAUUAUUUGUAAGCCAAUGCCUAAAUUUUUCUACAAUUGUCUUACAACCACUGGAAUUGAUUAUUCCGAUAAGGAAGUUAUGUCACAUCAAUAUUUCAUUGAUGAUAGUGAAUUGAAUGUUAAGGCUGCGUAUGAUUUAGGAUUUGGACAUGUAUAUCAUUACGUUGAAAUUGACUCAGAAUUUGAAGCUUUACGGAAGAAAGAUGAUUAUGGGAAAUAUUAUGGUGCUGAUAAAAUCUCUAUUGUUAGACACAUUACAGAAAUUGGUCAAGAUUUCAAAUAG